CUCGUUGCAGUAGGAGGGUCCAUGUGCAUAGAAUGACGUCGCUCUGACUUCAAGUCCGACCGACUCCUUCGUUUGUUUUUUAAUACUCUUUUUAUCCGGGGGGGCCCCGCGAAUCGGUAAUCUGCAAAAUUGCGGCCAUAAUGUGAGAUCAUCCGCCGCUGUCGUCCGACCCGCCGCUGUCGUUCGUCCUGUCAGGAGCAGCCGUUCGCUGUUGAGGAUUAUAGUGAUAAUACGCAGUAGACUUCUCCAGUGUGUCUAGCUGUCAAACUGAAAACUAUGUAUUGGCAAGAGUAGACAGGACACAUUUGUUGAUAUUUAUUGACUUUGCUUUUGCGUGUCUUUUUUUCUCUUUUUUUUUUUGGUCCUCUUGGAUUAUCGCUGCCCAGCAACACGGCCACCUGACAACUCUGAAUGUCGUAAUUAAGGUGAAUCAAUGAGCCAGCAAUGGAGACCAAAAGAUACCAAAGUUUCUUUGAUGGAAGCGAUACAGAGAACAGAUGGUCGCAGGUCCCGAGCACCAUGGAGCAUUGCUGCAGUACAGAGGAUUCAAGUCUGACCAACAGCGAUAUCCUGAUGGACAUAGUCAAUGUUAGCUGCCCUGCUGGAAGCCCGGCCACUGACUGCAAAGACAACAAUACAAAGAAGCAGGAGCAGCCAAUGCUUCGGCUCAGCCAGAACCAGCCAUUUGUUCUCCCACACUUCAACAACUCUCUCCAUGGUCAUAAGCAGGAAAUGGACUCCAAGGAGCUUUCCAAGACUGUGGCUGAGUCUAUGGGCUUGUAUAUGAAUGCUGCCAGGGAGGCAGACUUUGCCUUUAGCCAGCAUGGGGGCAGUACCAGCCCUGGGAAGAUGUAUCCAGUGUGUGGGCGGUCUGUGGAGGAGACCCAGUGUGGUUCCACAAAGAGCCCCAAGUUAAAGCCAUUUGGUUUCCAGCAGCCCAGCACCACUCCCAGAGAAUGCACCGCUGGGACCCCAGUUAGCUCAGCUUCAAUGCUGGUUUCAUCUCUGUCCUGCAGUCCCCAGACCUCCAGCUCCAUCUCUAGCCCCGGGGGCAGCAACAAUAUGGUGUCAUCAACCACCAGUCCUCCUACGUGCUUUGGACCAGCGUGCUCCUCCGUCAGUAGUCCUGUCAGCCAGACGUCUUGUGCUGCAACUCUGGCCAACAUCAAGCGCAGGAAUUCAGCCACAUGUAGCCCUAUAGAGUCCAGCACAGUGGGCUCACCACCACUCACCAGCCCGCUCAAUGUCAUGAGGUCCCCCAUGUCCAGCCCCCAGAGUAUGAGUAGUGUGAGAUCGCCUCCGUCCUGCAGCACUACCUGUAAUAUUAGGUCAUCGGUCUCGAGCCCUACAGGUGGUGGCUGCACCAGCACUGCCAACAACUGCAACACAGUAAGGCCCUCUCUCUCCAGUCCGGCCACAGGGGGAACCAUGGCAGUCAGCAGCCCACAGAACCCCUCCUCAGGUGGGUUCCCUGUGUCCAGUCCUGCUGGCGGACUGGGUUUGGUGCAGAAUGACACCAACAGCCCAGAAGCAGCAGGUCUGACCAGAGACACAGACUUCAAGAACUUUGAAUUCCCAAAAGUAGAGAUGGUAGACGGGGAGGUGUUCAAUGUCGGCUUAGACCAGAUGGGCAUGGUCAAGUACAUUAAGAAUGAGCCUGGAACUGACUUCAGGAGCAUGUGUUUGGGCAGCUCCAAAUGUAAUGCGAGUAGCACACCUUUUAUCACACAGAUUAAGAGUGAGCCAAACAAAAAUGAGGGAUGUAUGAACCCUCAGCCCUACGGUGAUCAGUCACCAUCUCUUGGUCUCUUUCCUGCAUCUGAGACCACCUAUUUGUCUCUGAGGAAUAAUAUUGAUGAAUACAGUCUUUCUGGUAUCUUAGGACCCCCUGUCUCCUCUAUGAAUGGGAACUAUGAGUCCGAUGUGUUCUCCAACAAUGUCCUGUCUAAAGGGGUUAAGCAGGAGACCAAUGAUGGCAGCUAUUACCAAGAGAAUAACAGCAUGCCCACAUCGGCCAUUGUUGGAGUUAAUUCCGGUGGACAUUCAUUCCAUUACCAGAUUGGAGCUCAAGGAACAAUGUCUUUCACACGGCAUGAUGUGAGGGACCAGUCCAACCCUUUGUUGAAUCUAAUUUCACCCGUAACUGCAUUAAUGGAGUCCUGGAAAUCUCGGCCAGGCAUGUCACAGGGGUCACUGUCAGCCAGAGGUGAGGGAUACCCGGGUCAGAACUGCAUCACGGACAGCUCGCCACUGAGACAACCGUCCUCAACGGCCAAAGUGUGCCUGGUUUGCGGAGACGAAGCAUCGGGAUGCCACUACGGUGUCGUGACAUGUGGAAGCUGCAAAGUCUUCUUCAAAAGAGCAGUGGAAGGUCAGCACAACUACCUGUGUGCCGGUAGAAAUGACUGUAUCAUUGACAAGAUCCGAAGGAAAAACUGUCCGGCGUGUCGUGUACGGAAGUGUCUCCAGGCCGGGAUGAACCUAGGAGCACGAAAGUCCAAGAAGUUAGGGAAGCUGAAGGGAGUCAGCGAGGAUCUGCAGGGCUCUAAGGACGGCCAGACUGCCACAGGUGGUGUUGGAGGCAGUUACCUGUCCUCAGAGAAGGAGCUGAAUGCCAGCGCUGCCAAUGCCCUGGUGCCCCACGGGCCUGGGGUGGUCACACCUUUUCUGCCGCCCUCCAUCUGCAGUGUGUUGGAGCUGAUUGAGCCUGAAGAGGUGUACUCUGGCUAUGACAACACGCAGCCUGACACCACUGACCACCUGCUGUCCAGUCUCAACCGCCUGGCCGGAAAGCAGAUGGUGCGCAUGGUGAAGUGGGCCAAAGUACUUCCAGGUUUCCGGGGCCUGCCCAUUGAGGACCAAAUCACCCUGAUCCAGUACUCAUGGAUGUGUCUGUCCUCCUUUUGCCUCAGCUGGCGCUCCUACAAACACACCAAUGGACAGAUGCUCUACUUUGCCCCUGACCUCAUCUUUAACGAGGACCGCAUGCAGCAGUCAGCCAUGUACGACCUUUGUCUGGGCAUGAGGCAGGUGAGCCAAGAGUUUGUACGACUGCAGCUAACCUAUGACGAGUUCCUCUCCAUGAAGGUCCUUCUGCUUCUCAGCACAGUUCCCAAAGAGGGUCUGAAGAACCAGGCAGCGUUCGAGGAGAUGAGGGUUAAUUACAUCAAGGAGCUCCGGCGUUCGGUUGGAAAAGCAACCAACAAUUCUGGCCAAACCUGGCAGCGCUUCUUCCAGCUCACCAAGCUACUGGACGCCAUGCAUGAUCUGGUGGGGAACCUGUUGGACUUCUGCUUCUACACCUUUCGUGAGUCCCAGGCCCUGAAGGUGGAGUUCCCCGAAAUGUUGGUGGAGAUCAUCAGUGACCAGAUACCAAAGGUGGAGUCAGGCCUCACUCACACAAUCUACUUCCACAAGAAGUGACUCGCUUAACAGUUGGGACAGAAGCAGCAUUAAGAACUGGAAGAGAGGAGGAAGAAGUUCAAGAACAGAGAAGAAAAUGUGCAAGGAAGGCCUGGCCAGUUGGCCUGUACCCUGUCGCCCAGUAUGCCAGCGUCCUCCUCUUGGAUGGGAAAGUUAAGUGGCGUGGUGACAGAAGUAAAAAAAGGGGAUAAUGAUUUGACCCUGCAGUCACCGCGAGCGGGUCAGAGCUGUGAAUAGUUUGUCGAGCCGAGUAAGACACGGCGAGAAGGACUUGUGACAAAUGUGACAAAGAACCCCGAAGUUCCCCC